AAACUUUCCAUGAAGAUGAAAUAUUGUGCAAUCCGGGUUUCUGUUAAAAUUUUAGGUGCUAUUCAGGAGAAUAAUGAAAGGCCAUCAUCAAACAAAGUUAAGAAGUCAAGAAGUUCCUUGUCAAGCCGAGGAAAUGGGAACAUUAGGAGAAACGGCAGUGAAAGGCAGUCCGGUAAAGAAAAUGGUUUUUGGUGGUUGAAGCUUCCAUAUGUUUUGAGAAUUCUUAUGCGGAGUAAUAUUGACGAAGAAGUAUCUGAGGGUUUCUUUAUUCUGAGAACGGAAUCUGCGGAUAAAAAUGAGACCGAGAAUUCAUACGUUGUUGCAUUUGAGGAUCAAAAUGAUGCCAGAAACUUCUGUUAUCUGCUGGAAUCGGUUUUUGAAGAUUUAGGUGGUUUUUGCACCGAUAUUGUUCCUGCAUCAACCAAGGAUCUUCUCAAAGAAGUGAGUUUGUCCGGGAAGAAAGUGAUCGUUGUGAAGAAGAGGCAGCUCACUUUGUAUGCCGGCCAACCAUUUGAAGACGUCGAAAGAGCAUUGCAUUCUUUGAUCCAAGAACAAUGAAUAUAGCAGCUGGAGAUUUUCACAGAAGAUCCAGGAAAUUGAGAGAAACAGAACAUUGGAAAAUAUCUUCCAGAGAUUUGAUGUCAUGACAGAACAUUGUUAUUAGGACAUGAAAAAAGGAACAAAACAACUGAUGUAUAGCUCUGUAUUCUUCAUCAAUGGAAACCGACGUUUGCUUUUGUUGCUU